GGUAAAAAUACCGGGGGUGACAGAGAAAUUGGUGCUUGGGUUAUUUACGGGGGGCUGCGGGAACGACUGCCAGGUGUUGGGAGCAGAGGUACAUGAUGAUUGUUCAUAAAGUAUCUGGGAACAUGAGGCCAUUAGUUUGUGUUUUUACGAUGUUCCUCUUAGCACUGCUGUCUUCAAAUACUGAGUCUGUGGCUGUUAUGUCUGUGGAUAUGGGCAGUGAAUGGAUGAAAAUUGCCAUUGUGAAGCCAGGAGUCCCAAUGGAAAUUGUUCUAAACAAGGAAUCUCGGAGAAAAACCCCAGUUGCUAUUGCUCUGAAGGAGAACGAGCGUCUCUUUGGAGAUAGUGCUCUUGGGAUGGCUGUCAAGAACCCUAAGGUUACAUUUCGAUAUUUCCAAGAUCUUCUUGGGAAGCGGGCUGACAACCCACACGUAAAGGCAUUUGAAGCCAGGUUCCCUGAAUAUCAAUUGGUGAAGGAUGAGCAUCGGGAAACAGUCCUCUUCAAACUUUCCGAAGAGUUAACCUAUUCACCAGAGGAACUCUUGGGGAUGAUGUUAAAUUACUCCAGGUCUCUGGCUGAGGAAUUUGCUGAGCAGCCUGUAAAGGAUGUAGUGAUCACGGUGCCUGCCUUCUUUAAUCAGGCAGAGCGCAGAGCAGUCCUGCAGGCAGCCCAACUCUCUGAUCUCAAGGUCCUUCAGCUUAUUAAUGAUAACACAGCAGUAGCCUUAAAUUAUGGCGUGUUCCGCAGGAAAGAUAUCAACGCCACAGCGCAGAACAUAAUGUUUUAUGAAAUGGGCUCCAGGAGUACAAUCUGCACCAUUGUGACAUAUCAAUCUGUAAAGACUAAAGAUUCUGGAAUGCAACCCCAGCUGCAAAUUCGAGGAGUAGGAUUUGAUCGCACGCUUGGUGGCAUAGAAAUGGAUCUACGACUCCGGGAUCACUUGGCCAAACUCUUCAAUGAGCAGAAGAAAUCUAAAAAGGACGUUCGAGAAAAUCAAAGAGCAAUGAGCAAGUUGCUUAAAGAGGCCAAUCGUGUAAAGACCAUCCUUAGUGCAAACAAUGACCAUAUGGCACAAAUCGAAGGUCUUAUGGAUGAUAUUGACUUCAAAGCCAAGGUUACUCGUCAGGAAUUGGAGGACCUAUGUGCUGAUCUCUUUAAUAGAGUUUCUGCUCCUGUCCAGCAUGCUCUGUCCAGUGCAGAGAUGAAAAUGGAGGAAAUUGAUCAAGUAAUCUUAGUAGGAGGGGCUACCCGUGUACCCAAAGUACAGGAGUUACUGCUCAAAGUAGUUGGAAAAGAAGAACUAGGCAAAAACAUAAAUGCAGAUGAGGCAGCAGCCAUGGGUGCUGUUUAUCAAGCAGCUGCACUCAGUAAAGCCUUCAAAGUGAAGCCAUUUAUAGUCAGAGAUGCAGCCAUUUUCCCAAUACAGGUCGAAUUCACCCGUGAGGUGGAAGAGGAGGAUCACAGCAAAAGUCUAAAGCACAAUAAGCGAAUUCUUUUUCAGCGGCUGGCUCCAUACCCCCAACGUAAAGUUAUCACCUUUAACAGAUAUACAGAUAACUUUGCUUUCAGUAUAAAUUAUGGAGAUCUAAGCUACCUGGGGCCUGAUGAUUUAAAGGUUUUCGGAUCUUUAAAUCUUACCACUGUAAAGUUAAAUGGAGUUGGAGAGAGCUUCCAGAAAAGAUCAGACUAUGAGUCCAAAGGCAUCAAGGCUCACUUUAACAUGGAUGAAAGUGGACUUCUUACUCUUGACAGGGUUGAAGCUGUAUUUGAGACUGUUGUUGAUGAGAAGCCAGAACAGGAAUCUACCUUAACAAAACUUGGAAAUACAAUAUCCAGCCUGUUUGGAGGUGGAAGUUCUGUCCCUGAGACUAAAGAAAAUGCUACAGACUCUGUCCAAGAAGAAGAUGAGGUGCCAACUGAACCCACAAAAGAAGAAGAGCAGGAGUCUGCAGAUGCAGCUGAUAAACAGAAGGAUAAAGAAAAAGGCACCACAGCAACAAAUGAGGAAGAGGAAGGAAAAAAAGAAGAAGAAAAGUCUGAGCCUCAGGAGGAAAAGGAAAAACAGGAGACUGGUAAAGAAGAAGCCUCUGCAAAGGCCCCAGAGGUAGAUGCCAAGAAACACACAGCACCUAAGAAGCAAAAGUUGGUGGAUGAUAUUGGUGUAGAACAGACAUUAAAUGAUAUUCCAGAUUUUUCAGAGGAAGAGCUAAAGAAAGCUUCAAAAAAACUUCAGGACCUGACAGAAAGAGACCUCAAUAAGCAUGAGCGAGAAAAGGCAGCAAACAGUUUAGAAGCAUUUAUUUUUGAGACCCAGGAUAAACUCAACCAAGAUGAGUUUAAACAGGUCUCCACAACUGAACAAAGAGAAGAAAUCUCUGCUAAAUUAAGCCAGGCUUCUACCUGGCUUGAAGAAGAGGGGUAUGCAGCAAUCACCAAGGAACUGAAAGACAAGCUGUCUGAACUCAAAAAGAUAUGCAAGGCCUUAUUCUUUAAGGUGGAAGAGAGGAGAAAGUGGCCUGACCGACUAGCAGCCCUUGACAGUUUACUGAAUCACUCCAGCAUAUUCCUUAAGAGUGCUAGAAUGAUCCCAGAAGAUGAUCAGAUUUUCACAGAUGUAGAGUUGGGCACUUUAGAGAAACUGAUCUCAGAUACCUGGACUUGGAAGAAUGAAACUCUGGCUGAGCAGGCCAAGCUGUCACUCACUGAGAAGCCAGUGCUUUUGUCUAAAGACAUUGAGAUGAAGAUUGGAGCGCUUGAUCGGGAGGUGCAAUACUUGCUCAACAAGGCAAAAUUUUCCAAACCCAAGCCUAAGAAAAAGAAUAACACCACCAAACCAGAGAAUGCAGAAAAGAAUGCUACAGAAAGUGAAGAAAAGAUUAUUCCUCCCACAGAAGAGAGUACACAAGAAAAUGCCAGUAAUCCAGAGCCUGUUAAAGAGCCACCAGUAGCAGAAGAGAAGACCGAGAUUCCAGAAUUAGGAGGGUCAGAAGCAGAUGCCACAUCACAAAAGCCUUCAGAAAAGCCAGACGAGAGCCACAAGACUGAAUUAUAAUUGCAUCUCACCUUCGUCUGCCUGUGUUGGCACACGUAUUUAUUAACAUUACUUUUUUGUAAUGGACCUUAAUGUUUUCUGCCAACAGAACUGUUUGUUUUCUUUGUUCCUUUUUUUUUUUUCUUUUCUUUUUCUUUUUUGUUUUUUGGAAAACUGUUAUGAAGAUGUAAAUUUCUGUCCUGUUGAAGAGCACUGUUAGAAUUUUUAACAAUGUUCCUUGUGUGCUUGUUGUGUUUUUAUUUAACCCUUACAUCAAUUGUCAAAUAUUCUAAUUGGACAGAACAGAAUAGGCUACUAAAGAAAUACCAAAAGCAAGGCAAUUUCUCUAAAUUCUACCAGACUGCCAUACAAUAUUGGGUUAUCAUUGCAUUUUCCAUCCAAGAUAAAAAGGGAAGUUACCCAAAAAAAUCAGAUGGCUUUUGCCAUAUCUAAUUGUUGUUUGAAACCUGACAGAUUCAAUGUUUAUUUAGACUUAAAUAGGCAGUUCACCUGUAAGGUAACUUUUUUCAUAUCUUAUAGAAUGUCCUGUUCCUAACUACUUUUCAAUUGGUAGUCAUUUUUUUUUGUUUAAUAGUUAAUUAUUUGCCUUUAUCUCCAGCUUUCAAAUGGGUUUAUUGACCUCGGCAGCCAAAAAACAGUUGCUCUGUGAAGCUACAAUUUUAUUGUUACUUUUUAUUACUUAUCAUUCUGUUCACACUGCCUCCUGUUAAUAUUCCAGUAUCUCAUUCCAACUACUGCCUAGUUGCUAGCAACUACAUAGAUGCUGAAAUUCCAUAGAGCUGAACAAUAGAUAAAUAAUCCAAAAUCAUUGUAAAAAAACAAAAUGAAGACCAAAUUGUUUCAGAAUAUCGUGGUCUAAGGAUGCUAAAGUUAAUUUAAUGUAAACUACCCCUUUAAUUGUGCAUUCUAAAAUCCAGAACUGAUAUUAUUUGAUGUGAGAAUUGGCUUCCUCUGUUAGACCCUUUCUAACAUUGGCUUUGUCUAAAAGGGGUAAAUAAAAAAAAAAAAAAAAAAAAAAAACAAAAAAAAAAACUGUUAUAUGAAAAAUUAGUGAGCAAACAUCAAAAUUCACAUAGGUAGUUUUAAAUUAUGUCUUUUUUUUUUUUUUUUUGUAUAAUUCACCUUUAUAAGUGGUUUCCUAUUGAGCACAAAAGGACGUGGCAAAAGUAGCCCUCAGCAACUGCCCAAAAAUGCACCCGUAUUUGUUUACAGAUGAUAAUUGCAGUGUUUGUCAUUGUAGUCAGUGGAAAGUAAACUUGUGGUAGUUCUCCAUGUUUUUUACUGUUGCUUUUUGACUAAACCAUCAUAUAAUUCUGAAUAGGGACUACUGACUAACUCAAAAAGUUAAGACUUCAGCUCCAAACAAAGAAUAACUGUGUAGAGAUCUGUAGUAUUUCAGUGUAGAUAAACAUUUUCUAACUGCUGUUCUUUCAAAAAUCAGGGACUGGUAUGCAUAGAAGUGAGCAUUAAACAUCACACAAUUUGACAAAAAAGAAACAAGAAUACUUAAUAAAAGUUAAUAGUGUACUAUUAAAUCAUGAAUUUGACAAAUA